GACCAGAUCAGAUCAUCAGAGUAGAGCGCGGGAGCCGCUUGCGGUCUCUGGAAUCUUCCAGCCACGCCCGCGCUCCCUCCCACUUCCCCGCCAUUAAAAAUCCCCAGCCCUCGCGCAAAUCCCGCUCCAAAACCCUAGCCGCCACCCUCCCACUCACCCCCACCGCCGCCACCGCCGCCGCCAACCCCCAACCAUGCAGCGCGCCGCCUCCCUCGCCCUCCGCCGCCUCGCCGCGGCCGCCCCACGCCCACCACCGGCGCAUCUCGCCGUUGGGCCCGCCGCUCCCCGCCUGGCAGCGGCGGCGCCGCCAUCCGCCGCCGUGGCGCGCUUCCUGCUCCACCCCGCGGGCGCGACCCCCGCGGCGCUGCACGCGCGGAGAGGGUACGCCGCCGCGGGGCGGAAGGCGAAGGCGGUGAGCGAGAGCGAGGACGAGGACGAGGACGAUGAGUUUGAGGCCAUGGGAAGCGACGGGGAGUUCGACGACGACCUCGACGAAGACUCCGACGACGACGACGAGGUGUCCGGCUUCGAAGAUGACGACGACGACUGCAAGCCCGCGAAGAAGCGUGGGAGGCACUGAAUCGCUCACCUCGGCUCGGCUCAUGUAUUGUUUGUUUGGUUUCUCACCGAUUUCUUUCUUUAGAAUCGAAGAAUGAAUUCGAGAUAGAGCGAAAGGAAAAUUAAACAAUAAUUAGUAGUAAUAACAUGGGAGGUGAUUGGGUUUAUCAUGUUUUGAAGCAGAGAAUUGCUGUAAUUUUUUUUUGUUCCUUUGUCUGAAGGAGACCGAAGCUAUCCGAGCAUGUCAACUUCGUAAUACAUAAAAGGUUCAGUUUUGCACGGUUUCUGACAGAGAUUUUGCUUGAA